CAUUCUCCUAUGCGGUAGCCAUCAACACUUGGUCAGGUCAGACCAAAUUAAUGUUUAAAAGAAGUCCAAAGAAGUCAUUUUGACUGCCAGCGGAGAUGCACAUUAUCAUCCCCGGAGAAGAUUUGUGGCUAACUUAGCAAGCUAGCUAAAUUAAUGCUCUUCUGUUGCCUCUUCUGGAUUGUGACUGUUGGCAGGCUACAGAGAUAAAAAUGCCUCAGGCAGCAGGUAUCAUCAGCGGAAUCCAGAGGAUGAUUCUGUAUGAAACCAGAGCCAGGUAUUUUCUGGUGGGGACCAAUCAGGCACAGACCAAACACAGAGUCCUGAAGAUUGACCGCACAGAACCGAAAGACUUGGUCAUCAUAGACGAUAAGCAUGUGUACAACCAGCAAGAGGUUCGGGAGUUGCUGGGCCGCCUGGACCUGGGCAACCGCACCAAGAUUGGCCAAAAGGGUUCCUCUGGCCUGUCCAGGGCUGUUUCAGCCUUUGGCAUUGUGGGGUUUGUACGUUUCCUCGAGGGUUACUACAUUGUGUUGAUCACCAAGCGUCGAAAGAUGGCCGACAUCGGUGGCCACUCCAUCUACAAAAUUGAAGACACCAGCAUGAUCUACAUCCCCAAUGACUCGGUCAGAGCAACACAUCCUGAUGAAGCCAGAUACGUGCGGAUCUUUCAGAACGUGGACCUGUCCAGCAACUUCUACUUCAGCUACAGCUAUGACCUGAGUCAUUCUCUGCAGUACAACCUGACUUUGCUGCAGAGGCCAUUUGAACUUUGGUCAUCACCAGAAUCGUCAGCUGAGGAAGAGGUACACACACAGAGCAAGCAGGACAGCUUUGACAUCUUUGAAGAAGAGGGUUUGCCUACGCAAGUGGUUUACGGCAUCCAGAACGAGCCGUACUACAAGUACGUGUGGAAUGGGAAGCUGCUGGACCGAGUCAAGGACAUAGUGCAUCAUGACUGGCUCAUGUAUAUAAUCCACGGCUUUUGUGGCCAGUCCAAGCUUCUGAUCUACGGCCGACCAGUUCACAUCACCCUCAUUGCCAGGCGCUCCAGCAAAUUUGCCGGGACCCGCUUCCUCAAAAGAGGAGCCAACUGCGAGGGGGAUGUGGCUAAUGAGGUUGAGACCGAGCAGAUCGUCCAUGACGCCUCAGUUAUGUCAUUCACUGCAGGAAGUUACUCAUCAUACGUCCAGGUGCGAGGUUCAGUCCCGCUGUACUGGUCCCAGGACAUUUCCACCAUGAUGCCAAAACCCCCAAUACGAUUGGACCAAGCUGACCCAUACUCUCAUGUAGCUGCCCUCCAUUUUGACCAGAUGCUGCAGCGGUUUGGCUCUCCAAUCAUCAUCCUCAACCUGGUCAAGAAACGAGAAAAAAGGAAACAUGAGAAGAUUCUGAGUGAAGAGCUCUACCCAGCUGUGAUCAACCUGAAUCAGUUUCUCCCCCCAGAAAACUGCAUCGACUACAUCGCCUGGGACAUGGCCCGCUACACCAAGAGUAAGUUGUGCAACGUUCUGGACCGCCUGAGUAUGAUUGCAGAGAACGUAGUUAAACGAACAGGUUUCUUCAUUAAUCGUUCUGACUUCUACUGUCAUACCAUCAGGCCAGAUGACAGGUGGGGAGAUUUAGGUGGACACAUCACAGCCAGUGGACGGGUGCAGACUGGUGUGUUGCGGACUAACUGUGUGGACUGUCUUGAUCGGACCAACACCGCCCAAUUCAUGGUGGGGAAGUGUGCGCUGGCGUAUCAGCUUUAUGCGCUGGGAAUGAUUGAUAAGCCCAAACUCCAGUUUGAUACUGACUGUGUGAGGCUGUUUGAGGAGCUGUAUGAGGACCAUGGAGACACUCUGUCGUUGCAGUACGGCGGCUCCCAACUGGUCCACAGGGUCAAAACCUACCGCAAGAUUGCUCCCUGGACACAACACUCCAAAGACAUCAUGCAGACCCUGUCACGCUACUACAGCAAUGCUUUCUCAGAUGCUGACAGACAGGAUGCCAUCAACCUGUUUCUCCAAGUCUACCAGCCAUCAGAGUCCAAGCCGCACCUGUGGGAGCUGCCCACUGACUUCUACCUGCAUCAGAGGAACACCAUGGCCCUGCCCCAAGAACGACGCAGCUACACACUGUGGUGGUCAGAAGGAAUCUUGUCCUAUCUUCCGGUGGCCUAUGAUGAAGUCCCCUGUGAAGACACUAUGAAGAAGGUCAAAGUGAAGAGAGUAAACCGCUUUGAUGAAAGCACUGACAUCUACACAGAAUUCUUCAAACCAUAUGAACUCACCUCCUUUGAUGACACAUUCUGCAUCGCCAUGACCAACUCUGCAAGGGAAUUUAUGCCCAAGACAGUAGGAGUGGAUCCAAGCCCAUUCACAGUUCGCAAGCCAGAGGAAACCGGAAAAUCAGUGCUGGGUAACAAGAGCAGUAAGGAGGAGACACUGCUUCAGAGGAAGACUGCAGCCAGUGCACCUCCUCCGCCAAGUGAGGAGGCCAUCACCAGCACAUCAGAGGACGACUCUGAGGAAGACCGCGAUGACGACGGAUCUGUGUCGCAGCGUUCCACCCCGAUCAAGCUACUAACUGAGUCUGGAGAGAGCACUCGCACACAGGAGGAGAUCCAGCAGCCGUCAGUUAAGGAACCCUAUGGACUAAAUCUGGCUGAGUUUCCUGCUAAGGAAGACCUGCUCAUUUAUGAAAGGUUUGCACAUCUGGGCGAGACCCAGCACAGGGUGGAAAAAACUGAACACAUAAACCGGGCAAACAUCAUCUGCUUAGAGCCAGUAUCCUGCUUCCCGGAGGACAGCAUCUACACCGUUUCUCUCCCGCAGGUCGACAGAGACAGCCGCAAUGAGUUUGAGAGCCAUGUGAUGACCGGUCAGGGCCAGGUGAGGGUACUGUGCAGGGACGACAUGUUGAUGUACAGGGAGUAUGUCAAGAACAGAUACAUGUGAGACACAGACAAACAGGAACUGGAUCUCUGUUACCAAUAUGCAAAUCCAGAUGGUCAGAUCCCCAUCUGCAAUACUUGAUAUCACUUUAAGAUUUUUGUUUGUAGCUACAGGACAGCGCAAGAGAUGUUUUCUUGCAUUUGUAAAUCCAUCUUGCUUCAUCUACCCACCUCUUGGAUUGUUUUAUUUUUUCCUGCUGGAAAUAGACAGUCCAUAAGGAAGAUAAUGGUACAUUAACAACCCAUAUGUCCUGUAUUUGGACUCAUAUAUGAUGGCAUUUUUGUUUUCUUUUUAAUCAACGUCAUUUGUGUGUUUUAAUAGCUUCAAAUGUUUUCCAAUUACAUCAGUUUUUUAUUCAUUCAGAUGUGCCACAACAGGCUACUUAUAUGGUGCUUUUUAUUUGUUCUUUGUUAUUUUCCAUCAAUUACAUUUUAAUUGCAAUCAUUUUAAAAAAGUUUAUUUAAUUAUAUGUACAUUUCAAAACAUGUAAAAUUAUGUAAAUUGUUUUGCCUCAUAAAUAUUUUGAAUCUUAAAUGUUGGAACCAUUAAUAAAAUGGCAGGACCAAAGGUUAUGAGCUGUUCUUUGAAUUCCACCUCAGAUGGGCUUUUGAGUUUUUGAUUUUGUUUUUUAUUCAUUCUGUUUUAUUUGAGCCUUUACAAUUUUUUUUAAUAAAGCCAUGACUAUGGCUUCACUUCGUUGUUGUUUUAUUUAAUUGCUUAAAAACAAUUUCCAACAACAGUCUUGCAUAAUGUAACUCAUACAUGUUCUGUAAAUGUAUAUCCAGGUAAUUUCCUGUCUUUUUGUCAAGGUCAGUUUUGCCACCCUAUUUUGAACAUUAUGUGAUUAAACUAGAAUGCCAAAUUAGUUUACCAAA